UGCGCUGCGCCGUCCUCACGGCGCCGAUACCAUCCCCACGUCCUCUCCCACUCCACUCGAUAUCGACUGCGCACCCGCCGGCUUUUUAUUCGUAUUGAGCAGUAGCCAGUCGAAUUUGAAGCGGCGUCGUUGAUUCGCGUCGAGAUAUGGCGUCUAUUAAAUUACAAGACGACAUACCGUUAGCCGACGACGACCCCCAAGUCAUUAUCAACGACGAACCGGAGCAACAUUCGAUGUCGGAAGGUAACACCACGUCGAGCAUGUUGCACGGCAGAAGUAUGGAUUCGAUUCAAUCGAAUUUCACGAACGGCAGUUCUAGUCCGCAACAUAAUAGUUUGGAGGCCGAUUCCAGUCCGGACGAACAAGAGGAAAAAGCUCGAUUGAUUUCGCAAGUACUCGAAUUGCAAAACACUCUCGACGAUCUUUCUACUAGAGUCGAUUCGGUUAAAGAGGAAAAUUUGAAAUUGAGAUCCGAGAAUCAGGUUCUGGGUCAGUACAUCGAGAAUUUGAUGUCGGCGUCGAGCGUUUUUCAAUCCACUUCGCCAAAAAUUAAAAAGAAGUAAAUUUUUUCACGUUCCAUAAAACGAAUUCUAUAAAAUUUAAUUGUUUUUUCGUAUUGAUGCUUGAAAUCUAAUAAAAAUUUCGCUUCGAAAAA